GCCAGAAAUUGUGCCGAAUCCAAGACCUCAAGCGAAGCCGGCGAUACCUCGACCACCUCGACUCACCUGAAUACCACCAGCUUCCUACAUUCAACCUGCAGCGACCGUCCAUGACCCUCCGAAUAGCGCUGCCCGUCGCCCGCAGAGCAUUGCCGACCACACUCUCUCUUCGCAGCACUUUCUUCGCCUCGGUCCGUAAAUCCAGCGUCCAGACUCCUUCCCGGUCCCUCUCUUCCACUGCUGUCCGCUACUCUACACCCAUGGCCGCUCAAACCGACACCGCCGCCGCCGAGACGGCCGCAUCUUCGGGCAUCACUCCAGACUCACUCAGCGAAAAGCUCAAAUCGACCAUUGGCGCGACGUACGUCUCGAUCGAAGACAUGUCUGGUGGGUGUGGGCAAGCGUUCAACGCAAUCAUCGUGUCGCCGGAGUUCGAAAAGAAGACACUCCUUGCACGGCAUAGACUGGUGAAUAACGCGUUGAAAUCCGAAAUUGCAGCCAUUCACGCCUGGACACCCAAGUGUCUGACGCCGGAGCAGUGGGACAAGGAAAAGGAGAAGAUGAGUUAGAAACGUGGACUUUCUGAAGAUGAUGACGACUUUGCAGCAUCUUGAGCAGUAUACCCCCGGAUCCAUGUGCUGGCACCGGAAAGUAAUGUCCAUCAUAACAAGGCUGUUCAUCCAUAUAUUGGGAGCUGGUAGGAAAGAGAACGAGAACGAGAUAUCGAUGGUGAAGAUGUUUCCAGCUAUGGUAUCAAUGACCGACGGCCUUUUAAGAGUGACCAGAUUGACGAACCUAUAUCGUCUGGUAUGGGAUGGUGCCAUUGUAUCGAUACAUUGAGCGCGCAGCGCAUCAAUAUAGAUUCCCGAACCAGUUGUACAACGAAGUUAAUCCCAGCACUGUGCUUCUCUUCGUUGUCAUGAGUAUCUGAAGCUCACUCAACGUGCC